AUGCAUCUCGUACCUGAGACUGCCAACCUCAUUGAGGUGCUCACGAUGGAGAGAGAGGCCUUGAUUGUUCGUGUCUACGAGACCAGCAAGAAGAUUGCUGCGGCUGAAGAAGCCUUUGAGAACGAGAAGAACCAGCGCCUCAAGGAAGAUGCAGAGGCCAAGAAUCGCAUCAUUCAGCCCUUGAACCGUGAGCCGAUUGAGCUUAUGGGAACCGAGCACCACGUUCACCGCCCUUCCGCUUCUGCCCGCACCGGCAACGCUACGUCGACUGAAUAUACCAAUACUAUCGAGGGAACCAACAGCAUCAGCCCUAUCAAUGACAACGUCAAUGAUUGCUGCUGGGGACGUAUUCCUAGAGCGUCCGAGGACGCUGGAGGUGGCUUACAGAGCAUCAAGUCCGAGCGUUCAGUCCUGUCGGACACAUCUAGUCGUGGGGACACCUCUGUCAAUCGCAACUCCCCCUUGUCCUAUCGUUCCGUCAGCCCGCCAAAGGACACGCCUGUCUUUGACCAGGUCCUCACCAGCGACAACGUCGCUGCUUUCAAGGCUCAAGUCAUGCAUGAACUCAAGGACGAGCUCAAGAAAGAGCUUCAGACCAGAGUCGACGGAGACUUCAAGCGCUCAAUUGAGAAGCGCCUCAUCCAGGAGCUCGCGCAGGAGCUCACUGGCGACAUCAAUGGCCGCAUCUACUACGAGCUCAGAGAGGAGCCCAAGCAUAUCCUCAAGCGCGACAUCACGUUCAAGCUCAAGCAGGACGUCAAGCUCAAGCAGGACGUCAAGCACGAGAUGAGACUUGAGAUGGGUAGCCAGCUCAAGUACGACAUCAUGGAGGACGUGAAGGGCGAUGUCAUUGCCGAGCUCAAAGAGAUCCAGAACGGAAUCAACAAUGACCUAAAGAAUGAGAUCAAAGAGGACGUCUUCACCAGACUCAAGGUGGCUCUCAUGCAGGAUGCCCUGGAUCAGCUCAAGGAUACCAUGAAGGGAGAGAUCAAGCACGAUGUGUUAAAGAUCGUUCACGAAGCCCAGAAGGCCAUCAGCACCACUCUUGCGACCAAGGCCGAAGAGCACAUGCUUCCUGCUAUUCGAGGUGCUGUCCCCAUCAUCCAAGAGUGCGUUGUUGGAAACGUUCAGGAUGCCCUCGACUUCUACUUGAAAGACCAGCUCUCCAAGAACAUUGACGACGCCAUCAAGAAGAAGACUAGGGAUGACUCUCGGUGGAUGCUUGCCCAGAUUGAGGCGUUGGUUCGCGUCACCGUUGCUGCUGAGGUUGCCAUGAUCAAGUCCGCCAUGGAGGCUGAUAUCCACAAGGAUGUCAAGUCCGAGAUGGAAGAGGGGUUUGGACUUAACAUGGAGGGUCUCGCCCAUGAUGUUGUUUAG